AAUGAUGCAUUUAUUGCUAUUAACCCUAGCUAUGGGGUUGGCUCAAAAUACGGAGGCUAUUCUGUUCUCCAGUAAAAAACCUGUUGUUUUCGGCAGUCCGGUUUUAGAUGCUACUCUGACGAAUAGUGACGUAAGGAAAAAUUAUGGCGUGGAUUCCAAUGCUGCAACUGCGAUUAUUGGCCAAUUUGAUCGUGACGAUGAUGGUAUUUUGUCAAAAUCAGAAUAUUCUACAUGUCCUGCGAUGUCAUUAUUUGCAAGGCUUAAAAAUGAUAGAGAUUCUGGCAUAAAAACAGAUCUUGGUGAUAUUUUGAGUGUAACUAUAAAUCUUGGUGGAUCGGCUGGUGUUAGUCCAGUUUUCAGCGAUGAUGAUUUUAAGGCUCUGAUUGCCAAUGAUAUUCUGACGAAUAAUGAUUUGAAAAAUUAUUUUGGUGUGACUAUGGAUGUUGCAAAUGUGAUCAUUGCCCAAUUUGAUAGUAAUGUUGACGGUGUUUUGGAUAGAUCAGAAUUUACUACAGCUCGAUGUAUGACAGCCUUCAACAGACUUAAAAAUGAUAGAGAUAACGGGAUAGAAAUAGAUCUUGAACGUUUAUUUGAUCUGAAUAUUAACCAUGUUUUCAGUGAUGAGGAUUUUAAAAAUCGGAUUGCUAAUGUUAAGCUGACGGAUAGUGAUUUGAGAAUAUAUUUUGGAGUGACUCCGGAUGUUGCAACUGCGAUUAUUGCCAAAUUGGAUAGUAAUGGUGAUGGUUUUUUGGUUAGAUCAGAAUAUACUACAGCUCGAUGUAUGGCAGCCCUUGCUAGACUUAAAUGUGAUAGAGAUAACGGCAUAAAAAUAGAUCUUGAUCGUUCAAAAUUAUUACUUGAUCUGAAUAUUAAGAGUGUUUUCAGUGAUGUUGAUUUUAAAAAUCGGAUUGCUAAUGGUAAGCUGAGGACUAGUGAUUUGGAAGAUUAUUUUGGCGUGACUUCAGAUGUUGCAACUGCGUUCAUUGCUCAAUUUGAUAGGAAUGGUGAUGGUGGUUUGGUUAGACCAGAAUUUACUACAGCUCGCUGUACAACAGCCUUUGGCAGACUUAAAAAUGAUAGAGAUAACGGGAAAAAAAUAGAUCUUGAACGUUUACUUGAACUGAAUAUUAACAGUGUUUUCAGCGAUGAGAAUUUUAAGAAACGAAUUACUGAUGGUACUCUCACGAAUAGUGAUUUGAAAAAAUAUUUUGGCAUGCCUUUGAAUGUUGCAGUUGUGAUCAUUGCCCUAUUAGAUAGUAAUGUUGAUGGUGUUUUGGUUAGAUCAGAAUUUACUACAGCUCGAUGUAUGACAGCCUUUGGCAGACUUAAAAAUGCUCGAGAUUCCGACAUAAAGAUAGAUCUUGAAAGUUUACUUGAUCUGAAUAUUAACCAUGUUUUUAGUGAUGAGGAUUUUAAAAAUCGGAUUGCUAAUGGUAGGCUGACAGAUAGUGAUUUGGAAAAUUAUUUUGGCGUGACUUUUGAUGUUGCUACUGCGAUCAUUGGCCAAUUUGAUAGGAAUGGUGAUGGUGAAUUGGUUAGAUCAGAAUUUACUACAGGUCGUUGUAUGGCAGCCUUUGCCAGACUUAAAAAUGAUAGAGAUUCCAACAUAAAUAUAGAUCUUGAACGUAUAAAAUUUCUACUUGAUCUGAAUGGUGACCAAGUUGGUCAAUGUAGAAAUGUAAGAUGUUUGAAUAAUGGCAGCUGUGAACGUGGUAUAUGUAAAUGUACGCCUGGUUACAGUGGAGAUGACUGUAGAAUGAAUCUAUGUGAAAUAAAUUCCUGUCCCGGUGAUACACCUUGUGUACCAAUAAUUGUACCUAAUGGAUACGUUUGUAGUUGUGUUGAACGGUCGUCCAUUAACCAAUUAACGAGUUUACCAAGGUGUGAUGCAAGGAGAAUCAUAACACCUAUAUAUGUAUAUGGCAAGUCUCAGAAUUUUGUAAGCGGUAUAUCUGGAGUUCCUGGUAAAAAACUGGUCAUUUCUUUCAUUGAUGAUUUUGGUAUUGGAUCAACCGAUUCCUGUUUUAAUGAUUACUUACAGAUUGCUGGCAAAAAAUAUUGUGGCAACAAGGCUCCAGCAGACAUCAUGCUUUCAACAGGCCUUGGUACUCAAGUACGCUUUGUUACUGGUCGAAUAAACCAAAAUGUAGGUUACACAUUUACAUAUCAAUAUAUAGAUGAUAUACCAGAUAACAAUCCUUGUAAAAAUGGAGGAACUCGCACUUCAAGUGAAACCUGUACUUGUAGGACUGGAUUUCUAGGACCUACUUGCCAAAAUACACCAUUAAUAACAUCACCUGGAAUUAACAAGAAACAGGAAACAACUUUCAACCUACUCGGAUCUCCAGGAAAAGAGCUUGUUCUUGCGUUUAAUGAUUAUUUUAGAACUCCGGGUAGAAAUAGUAUAGAUUGUAGCAAAGAUUAUGUGGAGAUUGGAAACAACAGAUAUUGUGGAAAUAGGGCGGCCCCGUCACCAAUUACAAUACCUACAGGUAGAGGAACAACAGUAGUUUUUAAAUGUAGCGGUGAAAUAUCGUACAGGACUAAACUGAGUCACGUUUAUACAGAAACGUAAUCAGUAUAAGAGAAAUCUGCUGCUAAACAUAAUACAUGGAAUUACUGUGUGUAUUUUUAAUGAUUCUGGAAAUGAAAUAUACUCAGGAAUUGUCAUCGGAAUAGUUGUUUUAACAAAAAAGAAAUAAUUCCUACUUUUACAGACAUCUAAAACAAUG